GAAAAUUGAAAGACGUGAAAUUGAAUAAAGAAUACAAUUAAAACUAUAGCAAAAUAAUUAAUAGGAAAAAACUAAAAAUAACAAAAUGAUUAAAUUAAAAUAUUAUUUACCUUAACUCAAUAUUUGGUGUAUUGAAACAAAUACACCAACAUAUCUACAUACAAAUAAAAUAAAAAUAUAACAAAAAGUCUGCCAGAAAAUCGAGAUUGUAAUCAGCAAAAAAAAAAAUUAAACCAAAUCUUUAUAAAUUUACACUAACCAUAAUAUUUAUUUAUACAUUUCCUUUAACAAAAUAAAUUUAAAAACUCAACAACGAUCAGCCCAAAAUAUCAAAAGAAACAAACUAAAAUUUGCCAGCCAACCAGCUAAUAAAAUGAUCAACUCAAAAUUGUGUGAUUUAUAAUCAGUUGUUACUAAAAAAAAAACAAAAUAAAAAUAUAUUUGUUCCUUUUAAUGUUUGUUGUUGUUUUUUGAUCAUUUAAACAUAAUCACAACAAACAUAAUUUUAUUGCAAACAACAAAAACAUACCUCUACAUACGGCUAAAUAAUAAAAUAAAUAAAUAAACAUACAACACUUUUAACACAAACAACAACCAAACCAACAACAAAAAAAAAAUAACAUGAUUAAAAUGCCAGAAACGGAGAUAAAUGAGAAAAUCUACGAUCAUCGUGUUUUAACGGACUGGUCAAAUGUGAACAACAAUACAAAUGGCACCAUGCACUACUCAAAGGAUAUGAUAUUUAACGAUGGCCAUCGUUUAUCGAUUACAGUUUAUAGUUUUCUCUUUGUGAUCUCAGCAAUUGGCAACUCAACCGUGUUGUAUCUAUUAACGAAACGUCGUUUACGUGGUCCGUCGCGGAUUGACAUCAUGUUAAUGCAUUUGGCGAUAGCCGAUCUAAUGGUGACGUUUCUGCUGAUGCCGCUAGAGAUUGCGUGGGCCUAUACAGUGCAAUGGAAAUCGACAGAUUUCGUAUGUCGUCUUAUGAGUUUCUUUAGAGUAUUUGGUCUCUACCUAUCGAGUUUCGUGUUGGUAUGCAUAUCCAUUGACAGAUAUUAUGCUAUAAUUAAACCUUUGAAACUCUCCUCAAAUCGUGGACGCAUAAUGUUAGUCAUAGCCUGGUGUAGUUCCAUAUUAUGUAGUUUGCCACAGGCUUACGUAUUUCACUUGGAAGAGCAUCCGAAAGUUAAAGGCUACUAUCAAUGUGUUACAUUUCAUUCAUUUGCCAGUGAAUUUCACAAAUUAUUCUAUAACAUUGCCAACAUGUGUGCCAUGUAUGCCUGUCCAUUGAUCACUUUUAUCUAUUGCUACGGGGCGAUCUAUUUGGAAAUUUAUCGCAAAAGUCUGCGUAUAGUUAAAGGCAUUGAACGUUUUCGUCGUUCCAAUGAUGAUGUUUUAAGUCGUGCCAAAAAGCGAACUUUAAAAAUGACCAUAACCAUUGUCAUUGUUUUCAUCAUAUGCUGGACUCCUUAUUAUAUCAUCUGUAUGUGGUAUUGGAUAGACAAGCCAUCGGUGGAUGAGGUCAGCUCCUUGAUACGAAAGGGCUUGUUUAUAUUUGCCUGCACCAAUUCGUGCAUGAAUCCCAUUGUCUAUGGGGUAUUUAAUAUACGUGGACGUGUAAAUCACAAUAAUACGUCCACCAUGAGUAAUCGGCACACAUCACUUUAUCAUCGCGGAGAUUCGUCCAAUCAAUUGCCCAAACAUUUGCUAAACAUGAAUGGAGGCAGCGGUAAAAUACCGUCAACAAACUCACUGGCAGUUCAGGAAAAUAAUGGAAAUAAAGUGAAUAAUUUAGCAAAAACGGACAAACAACACAAGGACAGCGAAACAGCAGCCAUGAUAUGUAUAAAUUGUGGUGACUCUAUUGAACUGGCUAAUCUUCAAAAGUCAUAAUUACAACAAUAAUAUCAAAUGCUCAAAGGUUCAUUACAACAAACAUGCAUGCAAUGCAAUGCAUUCAUUGUCUGUUGUAAAAUUACAACAAUUUAAUGAUCAUUAACUAAUUACAAAAAAGAGUUAAUUAACUCAAUUACUGGCAUUACACACUCACAGUCUUUUUUACAAUAUUUGGCUACCUCUCUCUUUCUCCCUAUCUAUUUGUGUUAAUCACUCUCUCUCUCUCUUUAUAUUUUAUAGUUUUUUUUACAACAUUACACACCGUUAUACUACAUUAUUCUUAAUCAAUUUAAAAACAAAACAAAAUACAAAAAAACAAAACAAUUUAUUAUUUAUUAAAAAAACAAUAACAAAAUAAUAUGCAUAUAAAUAUGUAGUAUGUGUGUUUUGUUGGUGGUCAGCGCUAGUGUUAGUUAAUAGUUGAAUUUAUAUUUUUAGUUUUAAUGAUUAAAUAUAAAAAAAGAAGAAAUAUUUAUUUAUAAUAAUAAAAAUAUCAACAAACAAA